GUGAUUGUAAGUGUGAUGAUCAUCUGCUAAAUGAGCAACAACGACCACAAUUCACUCCUUCAGUCAGUGAAGCUCCCACAGCCGUUCAUGAGAGUUUAAAUGCUGGGGAAUAUUCCCAUCUUCCCACAGGAGAAGAAGAAGCAAGCAGGAGGAAUUACUCCAGGAGAAACUACGGACAUACUAUUGUAAAAAUGGAGAUUAAGGAAGAACCCUGCAGAAUAAAAGAUGAAGAUACAGAGGAACAAAUAGACCCGAUGGAAGUGAAUGAAGACAAACAGCAACAGUUUCAAAAACCUCAUAAUUUCACAAAUGAAGAUGGAAAUGGAGUCGUUUCACAGACUGAAGACAAUUUCACACAGAAACAAGCUGGAAAAUCUGGAGUCAAAGGAUUUUUCACCUGCUCUGAGUGUGGAAUGUUUUACGUGCACAAAUCAGACCUUAAUAAACACAUGAAAUCUCACACUGGAGAAAAUCUGUUCACAUGCUCUCAGUGUGGAAAGAGUUUCACAUGUAAAUCAACCCUUAAAAGACACACGAGAGAACACACUGGAGAAAGGCCUUAUACAUGCUCUCAGUGUGGAAAGUGUUUCGCACGUAAAUCAACCCUUAAAAGACACACGAGAGAACACACUGGAGAAAGGCCUUAUACAUGCUCUCAGUGUGGAAAGAGUUUCAGUCAAAAAAGAAACCUAGAAGAUCACAUGAGAAUUCACACUGGAGAAAAACCGUUCACAUGCACUCAGUGUGGAAAGAGUUUCAGUCAAAAAAGAAACCUAGAAGUUCACAUGAGAAUUCACACUGGAGAAAGGCCUUAUACAUUCUCUCACUGUGAUCAGUGUGAUAAAACAUUUGUUUAUUUAUCUAGCUUAAAAAAACACCUUAAAGUUCAUGCUGGUGUGAAUCCUCACGUUUGUUCUGUAUGUGGAAAGAGUUUUUCGCGACUGGCGACUUUAAGAGUGCAUGAGAGUAUUCAUACUGGUGUGAGACCUCAUUUGUGCUCUGACUGUGGGAAGGCCUUUAUUACAUCAGGCGCAUUAAAACAACACCAAAGAAAUCACACUGGAGAGAAACCGCAGUGCUCUUCAUGUGGGAGGAGUUUCACCCAAUUAUCUACUCUACAGAAACAUAAGAAAAAGCAUUGCCCUCAGGUGUCUAAGUGA